AUGUCGUACAGCCAUGUCGGGGCCCCGACCGUCUUCAAUGGCACCGACGAGGACCUCGGCGGUGAUCCCACCGCCAUCAACCUCAACCAGUGGUAUCGGUCGGGCGACCAGGCCUUCAUCCUGCUCUGCGCCUGUCUCGUCCUCCUCAUGGUCCCCGGCAUCGCCUUCCUCUACUCGGGCCUCGCCCGCCGAAAGUCGGCCCUGUCCAUGCUCUGGGUCGUCAUGAUGUCCUCGUCCGUCAUCGUCUUCCAGUGGUAUUUUUGGGGCUACUCCCUUGCCUUUGGUCAGACCUCGGGCAACCCCUUCAUCGGUGAUCUCAAGCACUUUGGCCUCAUGAAGGUCCUCGCCCGGCCCUCGGCCGGCUCCCCCCUCAUCCCGGCCCUGCUCUACUCCUUCUACCAGAUGAUGUUCUGUGCCGUCACCGCCGCCCUGACCGUCGGCGCCGUCGCCGAGCGCGGCCGCGUCAUCCCCGCCAUGGUCUUCACCUUUUUCUGGGCCACCCUCGUCUACUGCCCCCUCGCCUACUGGGUCUGGAACAGCAACGGCUGGUGUUUCAAGGCCGGCGUCCUCGAUUACGCCGGCGGCAUCCCUGUCGAGAUCGGUUCCGGCGUCUCGGCCCUCGCCUACUCGUGGGUCCUCGGCCGCCGCGACGACAAGAUGAUGAUGAACUUUCGCCCUCAUAACAUCUCCCUCAUCACCCUCGGCACCGUUUUCCUCUGGUUUGGCUGGCUCGGCUUCAACGGCGGCUCCGCCUUUGGCGCCAACCUGCGCGCUGUCAUGGCCUGCUGGAACUCGUGCCUCACCGCCAUGUUCGCCGCCAUGACCUGGUGCCUGCUUGACUAUCGUCUAGCCCGCAAGUGGUCCAUGGUUGGUUGGUGCUCCGGUGCCAUCUCCGGCCUCGUUGCCGCGACUCCCGCCUCGGGCUUCAUUGAUCCCUGGGCCAGUAUUGUCAUGGGCAUCGUGUCUGGCAUUGCUUGCAACUUUGCCACCAAGAUCAAAUUCCUCAUCCGCAUCGACGACUCCCUCGACGUCUUCGCCGAGCACGGUAUCGGCGGCAUCGUCGGCCUCAUCUUCAAUGGCUUCUUUGCCACGGGCAAGAUCAUCGGCCUCGACGGCGUCAACACGGGCGCCACCGGCGGCUUCCUCGACGGAAAGUUUGUCGUCCUCGGCUGGCAGCUUGCCGCAAUCGUCGCCGCCAGCGCCUACGCCUUUGUCGUGUCCGCCGUCAUUGCCAAGAUCAUCGACGUCAUCCCCGGUCUCAAACUGCGCGCCUCCGAGGAGGCUGAGCUUCUCGGCAUGGAUGACGAUCAGCACGGCGAGUUCUCGUACGACUACGUCGAGGUCCGACGAGACUUCCUGGCCUGGAGCCCCCAUCGCCGCGACCCCGCCCUGGCACCCGAAGUCAUUGAGCCGCAGCACGGUAUCCAAGAGCACGCCAGCAUGGCUCGCUCGUCUGACGGGGACCCUCCCGAGGAAAAGAGGUCGACAGCGUCCUCUCUCCAAGGUGGAAUUCGGGCGGCCUGA